UAAUGGGAGGAUUAACAGGUUUGAAAAGAUAAAACAGCUAACAUAAUCAAGUCGUGGAAGUUAAUUUUCAGUUUUGUCAGUUCCACGAUAUUUUGUGAAAAUAAAAGAUGAUGGAAAGCUCUGAUGAAAAUUCUGAAGAUUCAAGCUGGGUAUUAUAUAGGGAUCGUGAAGAAUGGAGAGAUGUAAUUCCUGUGCCUCAGGAUGAUGGUCCCGAUCCUAUUGUUUCAAUUGCUUAUUCUGAAAAAUUUAGGGACACAUAUGACUAUUUCCGAGCUAUUAAAAGUAUACUAUUUUUAUUUAAUAUUACUUUAAAUCGAUAUAAAUUUCCUUUUACUAAAAUUUUAUUAUUAUUUUAAGUUAGGGACACAUAUGAAGAGUUACGAGAUGAAUUAAAAUCUAUUAAUCUGUUGACAUAUGACAGCUCUAAAAAUUACCAAGUUUGGCAUCAUAGAAAAGUUAUUGUUGAAUGGAUGCAAGAUCCCAGUGGAGAAUUAGAAUUUAUAGAAAAUAUUUUAAAACUUGAUGCAAAGAAUUAUCAUGUUUGGCAAUAUCGCCAGUGGUGUAUAAAAACAUUUAAUUUAUUUGACAAAGAGUUAGAAUAUACAGAACACUUAUUGAAUGAAGAUAUUCGCAAUAAUUCUGCUUGGAAUCAACGUUAUUUUGUAUUAAGUAAUACAACAAAAUUUGAACAAAGCGUAAUUGACAGAGAAAUUGAGUUUGCCUUGGAUAAAAUUGAUUUAGUCAAAGGAAAUGAAAGUGCUUGGAAUUACCUACGAGGUAUCUUAAUGCAAGAUAGCCAGGGUUUGGCCUAUAAUGAAAGAGUAAGACAGAAGUGUGAGGAAUUGUACCAUGCUGGUUGUCGUGUUAAUCAUUUGCUGGCUUGUAUUAUAGACAUUUGUCAGGAAAAACCAAUAUCAGAGGAAUCACCAGAUUCAAUAUUUCAUAUUACUAAUGCUCUUAAGCUAUGUAAAGAAUUAUGUGAGAAACAUGAUACAAUAAGAAGGAGAUAUUGGGAUUAUAUUGGUCAACAGUUAUUGGAUAAAAUGAAAUCAGAAUCAGUAACAACGUAGUUUCUUUUAAAUUUUUAUAAAAACACGAUUUUAAUUAA